GGGGGAAAGAGAGUGGAUUCUUGGUGACUUUCUUGACCAGAAAAGUAGCAACCGCAGCACCAAAGACUUUGCUUUGCAUCUAUCGAAUUCUAAUCCAAUUCUCUCUGCAUCUACAUAUACAAUAUCAUAAUCGUUCAUAAGAUUGCAUUUGCAUUGAUUUCAAAAAUGCAGAUCAGGGGAUCGAGUCACAGACUCUCCAGUAUGGGCAAUAAUCGAUCCCGCAUUCCCGCGCUCCUCAUCUCCAUGUUCGCCACUUUCGCUUCUAUCUACGUCGCUGGAAGGCUGUGGCAGGACGCAGAGAAUCGCGUUUAUCUCAUCAAAGAGCUCGAUAGGAUCACUGGCCAGGGACAAUCUGCUAUAUCUGUGGAUGAUACAUUGAAGAUCAUAGCCUGCAGGGAACAACAUAAGAAGCUCGAUGCAAUUGAGACGGAACUUGCUGGAGCUAGACAAGAGGGUUUUGUUUCAAAACCCUUGAUAAAGACUAAUGGAACUUACUCAAUGAGAAGGCCGUUGGUCGUGAUAGGUAUACUGACAAAGUUUGGUCGCCAGAAGAAUAGAGAUGCAAUUCGAAAGGCAUGGAUGGGGAGUGGUGCAUCUUUGAAAAAAAUUGAAGAAGGAAAGGGCAUCAUUGUGCAAUUUGUUAUUGGUAGAAGUGAAAAUCGUGGAGACAAUCAAGAUAAAGACAUUGAUCGUGAGAAUAGGCUGACUAAUGACUUCAUAAUUCUCGAUAAUCAUGUGGAAACAAAUGAUGCAUUCCCAAAGAAGGCCAAAUUGUUCUUUGCUCAUGCUGCAGACAAAUGGGAUGCUGAGUUUUAUGCGAAAGUCAAUGAUGAUGUCUAUGUAAAUAUUGAUGCCUUGGGAGCUACACUAGCUACUCAUUUGGACAAACCUCGUGUUUACAUGGGAUGCAUGAAAUCAGGGGAAGUUUUCUCUGAGCUGAACCAUAAAUGGUAUGAACCAGAGUGGUGGAAAUUUGGUGACAAAAAAUCAUACUUUCGUCAUGCAUCAGGAGAGAUGUAUGUUAUAUCACAAGCUUUGGCUAAAUUUAUAUCAAUAAACAGAUCUAUUCUCCGUACCUAUGCCCACGAUGAUGUGAGUGCUGGAUCCUGGUUUAUCGGGCUUGAUGUGAAGCAUGUUGAUGAGGCCAAGUUUUGUUGCUCAUCUUGGUCGACAGGAGCAAUCUGUGCUGGUGUUUGAGUUGAUUCCAGUGCAUUCUUGUGAGAAGAUCACAAACGUAAUACACAGGAAUCAUCAAUUGUUAGAAGGUUUGCUUCCUAAGAUUUUUUAAUUUCUAUUGGAAGCAAAGUGAUUCCUAGAGAUGUCUGUUGAAAAGUUGCUUCUGGUUCUAGAUUUGAUGUCCAUCGAACAAUAUAGUUUCAUUAGCUUAUGAGUACAGGUGGCAAGUUGUGCGGUUGAAGGUUUACUAGCUGCUAUUACUAAAGGCAUGCAACGUCGUACAGCAAAUAAAAAUUCGGCUUGCCACCAAUAAGGUUUUUUUUUAAGAGCUAGCCUCCUAUGAGUUGGUUUAUAUCAUUCUAUGUUUCUUUCCUUCGUUACAUGGGCGUAGGGGAAGAUGACUCCUCUUAGUAGAAGAACAUCCAAAAAUGUAGUGAAAGUAUUUAUAGGAAUGACAUGGUGACUGACAAUCUCUUUUGCCAUAAAGGGAACUUUGUUUUUGUAUAUGAAAUAGGCAGGGAAAUUUGAGUCAUAAUUAUGUUUUAUUCAUACAAUUUAUUAUUAGAAUUUUACGAUUCGCUAUUUUAAUCACA